AUGACUGUAUCAGACAAACAGCUCCACCCAGUGGAGACUCUGGAAAAUGACAGAAAGUUCCUGAAGACUCUGGACGUCCAAUAUCCACUCGUGGACGUCCACUGGCCAGUACUCAGUGUGUGUCCACAGGUCACACCUCUGCUCUACCAGCAGGAUCUACUGCACACAGACCUACAGCAGCUGCGCAGUCGUCUGGAGCUGAUGGAGCUGAUGGAGCCACUUCAACAGCAGACCCUGGAGCAGACGGCGCCUUUCCAGACCAGCGUGGCCCUCAGACCGCUCUCCUACCAGCUGACCACAGAUGGACAGCGCUUCAGCCUGAACCUGGACACUGGAGGCUUUUCCCCAGAGGAGCUGUCUGUCAGGCAGGUGGGCAGGAAGCUGAGAGUCAGCAGGAAGACGGAGAAGAAGCAGGAGGACGCCACAGGCUGCUCCUCUUACAGACUCCAGGAGUUCAGACAGGAGCUGGAUCUGCCUGAGGGGGUGAAGCCUGAAACCCUCACCUGCUACCUGGGUCCAGACGGGAAGCUCCACAUCCAGGCAGACAAAGCUCCUUCUGUUGAGGAGACUGAGAGAGAGCUGCCCAUCAACAGGAGCUCAGAGGAGAAAACCCAGACAGAAGGAGGCAGCAGCACCGACAGCCACAACAGCACACAGGACGCAACACACACCAUGGACUGAACUAUGACAUUAUACACAUGGGACCAGUGGAAACAUCUGAACUGUUUUGAAAUCAGGAUCAUCAGAAACUAUGCCACACCUAUAUGAUUCUUUCUUGUUUUUGUACAUCUGAAUUAAUCAAUGAAUAGAUUAAAUGUAAACUGUUUAUUUUUUUAAUGUAAGUGGUCAUAUUUGGCUGCCCCUGAUGAAAUAUAACAACAUAGACUGAAAUCCGUGAAAAUGUCUUAAUAAUCCAGAUAUGUUUAAUAAACAAAAAAUAACUUAAGCAUGUGUUCAAAUGUUUUUAUUUUACAGCUGGAUUUAAAAAGUCUUCAAAUAUCAUCAAAGGAUGCAACACAACAUGACCUGAAAUAUUACAUUAUAUACACAAUGGACUCAUUUGAACUGUUUUUUAAAUCAUGAGCAUCAGAAACUUUGUCACAGUUAUAUGAUUCCUUCUUGUUUUUGUACAUCUGAAUUAAUCAAUAAAUAGAUUAAAUAU